CCCACCGCUACACACGCGCGCACACGCGCACACUCGCACACGCACCACUCUUUGCAGACAGGGCUCCGGUGGCUCCAAAGUGACUGACUCCCCCCCCCCCGCUCCCCCUCAGCCUUCUCUCGCGCAUAUAUCCUCUCUUGCCAUAUUCUCGCGCGCGCUCUCCAGCAUCCCCGCCCGGGCAGGAGAGCACCGGGCAGAGGCGCGCCGCUUUCCUUCCAUGCCUCCCUCUUAAGGAGAGCCGGGGGGGGAGGGGAGGGCCGGAGGAGGAAGAGGAGGAGGAGACCGAGAGGGCGCCCGGGAGGCAGGGCGCGCGCACACACAGAGGGACGCGCUGAGGGUGCGAGCCGCGCAGCGAGCGCAGAGCCGCCUCGGCCGCCGGGCGCCCCCCUGCCGCCCCAUGCUGUGCUCCAUGGCGAACUCGGGCUGCCUCCUGCUGUCCAACUCCGGCAGCAUGCUCCCGCACUCCGUGCCCUGCCCGCCCGCCUUCCUCUACCUCCAACAGGGCAGUCAGGACGCCACGGCUCCGCCCGAAGCGAUGGCCCAGCCCUACCCCCCCGCCCAGUACCCCCCUCCACCACAGAAUGGCCUCCCCGCCGAGUAUGCCCCGCCCCCGCCACACCCCACGCAGGACUAUUCUGGCCAGACCCCGGUCCCCCCGGAGCACGGGAUGACCCUGUACACACCAGCACAGACCCACCCCGAGCAGCCCGGCACCGAGGCCAGCACACAGCCCAUUGCUGGGGCCCAGACAGUGCCGCAGACAGACGAGGCAGCACAGACGGACAGCCAGCCGCUCCACCCCUCUGACCCCACAGAGAAGCAGCAACCCAAACGGCUCCACGUCUCCAACAUCCCAUUCCGGUUCAGGGACCCCGACCUGCGGCAAAUGUUCGGGCAAUUCGGAAAAAUAUUAGACGUGGAGAUCAUUUUUAACGAGCGGGGCUCCAAGGGUUUUGGGUUUGUAACUUUUGAAACUAGCUCAGAUGCUGACCGAGCCCGGGAGAAGCUGAAUGGGACGAUCGUAGAGGGACGGAAAAUUGAGGUCAAUAAUGCCACGGCCCGUGUCAUGACCAACAAGAAGACUGCAAACCCCUACACCAAUGGCUGGAAGCUCAACCCCGUGGUAGGCGCAGUCUACGGGCCUGAAUUCUAUGCAGUGACCGGGUUCCCGUACCCCACCACGGGCACAGCCGUUGCCUACAGGGGCGCUCACCUACGGGGCAGGGGCCGGGCCGUGUAUAAUACGUUCCGGGCUGCGCCGCCCCCGCCCCCCAUCCCAACUUAUGGAGCGGCACUGGAGCAAACGCUUGUUAAAAUGCCAGUCCCAUGGGCAGGGCUGGCACCCUGCCCCCUCCCUCCUCAGCAGACACCGGAGCCGGCCUACCCCACCUCUCCAGCGUUCCCACCACUUUCUUGUCCGUUUGCUUCCAGGGUCGUGUAUCAGGAUGGCUUUUAUGGUGCUGAAAUUUAUGGCGGCUAUGCAGCCUACAGAUAUGCUCAGCCCGCGGCGGCCGCAGCAGCCUACAGUGACAGUUACGGCCGAGUCUAUGCAGCUGCUGACCCCUAUCACCACACCAUCGGCCCUGCCGCGACCUACAGCAUCGGAACCAUGUGAAAGCUUCCACCGUUUCCUUCUUGGACCGCGAAGGGCAAAAACAAAAAAACAAACAAAAAAAUCACAAAACAAAAAACAAAACAAAAAAAGAUGUUAAGAUCCAAGCAACAAAAAACCAACCAAACCAAGAAGCAUCCACCACGUCCGGGUCCCGCGUGCCGACGCACCGCAGCGGGGAGCACGUUGGCCGGGCGCCGUGCCCAGGAGAGCGCCGGCCUCGCCCCUCCGGCUGGCAGCGCUGGCGGGAAGCGCCCUCCCGACUCGGGCAGGGGAGAAUGAGAGGGGAAGGGGCCUCGGUUUUCUGUGCAGUCUUCCUUUCCCGGCCCCCCACUCCCAAGGCAGUGUGGGGCCAGCAGUGGAGCAGGCCGCAGCCCGAGCCCGGAGAGCAGGCCGAGAACGGGACUUGACCUGUGUUGCCAACUGUGCCAGAGGAGGGGACGGCGGGCUGGGACGGGCACGGGGAGGGGCAGCUUUUCAUUCUCGGGGCUCUGGCUUCGGCCCUUGCCCACUCACCCUGUGUUGUGCUCUCUGGGCCCCAGCUCCCCCUCAUGCCAUGCCACCAACGCCCGUGUCCUGCAAACCUGCUCGAGGAGUUUGCAGGCCACUGAGGCUGUCCAACCAGCAGCCCUGGGGUCCAACCCCAGCACCAAGGGCUGACAUGGUUCCAGAACUAUGGGGCGCCCAGGCACCCCUCCCUCCAUGUGGGGGGCUGCCAGGCCAGGAUUGACUCCUGUGCCUAAGAAUGUGGAGGGUGCAGGCCUUGAAGCCGAGGACUCGCUCUGACUGGCUGUUUCUGGUUCCCUUUGUGGGAGAGGCCCUGGGCCUGGUCUGUGGGAGGCAAGGCCGACCUCCUGGUGCCUGCUGGGACGGGGACAGGCCAGCGCCUGGCUGCACGGCGAGGUUGGCAGUCACGGUGCUAUGGGUCUAGAGGGCCAGGUCAGCGCAGGGAGAGCAAGCGGUGGGGGGAAGGUCUGGGGGUGCAGCAGACGGUAGGUACCGGGAGAAGCCCCUGGCCAGGCAGUGGUAUCUGAAGUAGGAGCAGCAGCAAAAAAUAACCCAAAACCGGGCUCCCAACAUGGCUCCACUACUCUCAUGAAACUUAAAAGGAACGACACCUCACUUUAUAUUGUGCAUCAGCUCCUGACGCUGCUGAAGCGAGUCUCCUUUUCUAUUCCCGGUGUACAUAGCCCGCCACAGGCUGUCCUGUGUACAGAGCCCCCGCCGUGCUGGACCCUUUUCUUGCAGCAGCUCCGCCCCCGGCCCCCUCUAGGACUGCAGCCAGACCCCACUUCCUUUCUUAACCAUCCUGUAUGCUUCCCACGUGUGACCAUUCAAAUCAGCAGUAUUAUUAUUAAGAUUAUUAAUAAAGGUUUCUUUCUUCAAACCA